AUGGCGCCUCGUGGAAACAAGUGUGUGAAAAGGGCUACUAUAAGAGAAGUUCAGGAAAAUGCUCCGCUUGUUAACGAUCAUAUAACUAUCAAUGAACAGAUCAGUGAUAAUCAUUAUGAUGAGAAUGAAUUGAAUUAUGCAAAUCUUUGGGAUAAAUUAGUUCCUGCAUG